GCGCAGAUGACAGCAGGCCCCGGAGAGAGAUGGCGACAUAUCACCAUUGCAGAGAGUUCCACAGAGCUCGCCAGCACCAUUCCUGAGGCACAUGAAUCACGGCCGGCAUGGCGUAGACUGGACCAAAGGACAAAAGAAGCUCACCGUCGCAGAAAGUGCAGAACAAAAUUACAAAAUUAACUUCCUGGGACGCGAGGACCGGCCAGUAGAGAACGAGACCGGCUUUGGAGGCCAUAAAAAUGCGCGUGUUGAUCACGGGAGACGACGGCCCACCGAGCAAGAGCUCGCCAUACGUGCUGGGACUCUAUCAGGCCAUCCGAGAGCAGCUCGGCUGGGAUGUCUCCGUGAUUCUUCCUUCUACACAAAAGUCUUGGGGCGGUCUCCAAUUUUCGGUGCACCAUCCCGUGAACGUGUGGUACUACUACCCGCGUGCCGACAAUGCAGACGGCUCCCACCCUGAAACUGAGAGCUGCUGGAGCUCAGUCCGACGGCCUAUAGAUUCAUCGCGCGGAGAACUUGCCGAAUGGAUCCUGUUAGAUGCCUCUCCUGCGACUUGUGCCAACGCUGGGAUCUUCAACCAAUUAUUCUUCUCUCCCGCCAAUGAAAACGAUGGAUACCAGAGUGACGGUUCCAGUGUAGGCAGCCUCGAACCCCCGCCGUUUGAUCUCGUCAUCUCCGGGCCCAAUUAUGGACGCAACACGGGUACUUCCUUUGCACUCGCCAGCGGCACAGUUGGAGCAGCGCUUGCGGCCUCAUUAGCCAAGAUUAAAGCCAUAUCGCUUUCGUACGGUCACUUUGCAACCCUGCCAGGUAAGUUCAAAGAAGCACAGAAAAAAUACGCACCAUCGGCACCCAGGGCCUUGUCCACCGCGUCUACCCCAGCAGGCACGACGGACGGCAAGCUGGUGCAGAACGGUCCGCUGAUGACGUACGAAGCGCCAAAGUCGCUCGUGAAGGAAGCGCACGACCUAGCUGUCAAAAUCAUCAGACGCCUCUGGGACGAGUGGGAGCCCGAGGUUGGCGUGUACACCGUCAAUAUUCCCAUUGCGUGGACCAUCAAGGAACCGCGCGUCGUGUGGACGACAAUGUGGAGGGGCGAGCACGGUAGACUUUACAUGGUGGAAAAGGAGCAUACAACCGAAUCGGACAAUCUUCCUGCAGGAGCCACAGAUUUGACAAAGCGAGAUGUGCCGGCGCAUGUCCCAAGCUCCGCGCCGCAGCCGCAAAGGAGGCUGCGUUUUGGACCAGAUAUGCAAGCCAUGCUUGCGCCGUCAGACCUUCCAGAGGGAACGGACAUUUGGGCCUUGAUGGAAGGAUGGAUCUCCGUCACGAGACUGCGCCCAGCCUUCGCUGAGGUUCUCACACCUGCCGCCUCAAAUGGGUCGCAUGCGCCCGAAGAACGCGCCGUAGGUAAACCAUGGAGAUUGUAGGAAAUUCCUGGCGCGACGGGACUGUGGCUAGAAAUGUGGGUUUGUAUUAGUCGUCACUAUAAUUUGCUUCAAUGCCACAGGUAUGGUCUGAUUG